UCAAAAUCUAAAUUCCUCAUCCACUUUAAAUUCACCUUUUAAAUUUUUGUUUUUUGUUUUUAAAAUGAGUCAUCGCAAAUUAGUCAUCGACGGGUUCGACACCGAUGCCGACACUCUUUCCCAACAACUGCACCAUCUCAGCACAACCACUGCCACCGAGCAACUCCACCAAGUUGAGCAAAAAGCCAGCCAAGUUCGUGCCUUCAUAACCCGGGGCAACACCAACGAAGCACUCAACAAGGCACUCUCCGACCCACCCUAUGGCCACGGAAUGGAAGGUGCGCAGGCGGCUAAUGCCCAAUUAGUUAGUGAGAUUUUAAUGAGCACUAGGGCGCAGGAUAUUAACCAGGUGGUUGCUGCGUUGGGAGAGGAGGCGAGAGAUGUUUUGUUGAAGUAUAUUUAUCAUGGAUUAAAGAGACCCGCGGAGUUUAAUUGCGGUGUGUUGUUGAGUUGGCAUGAGAAGGUUGUGGAGGCAGGAGGACUGGGCUCGAUUGUCAGGGUUCUGUCUGACAGAAAAACCGUUUGAGAAUGAAAAAAUAGGUGUUUUUUCAUUUUGGAGAUUUCUAAUUACACGUGAUUUCGAUCUUUAGAAUAAGAUAUGAAUAAUUUUUUUUUUUUUCCUUUUCGUUUACAAAAUCUUUUAUUUUAUUAU